AUGUGGUCGCAACUAGAGAUAGAACAGUCACAUAUAGCGUAUGCUUGCGUGGGUAUCUUUAGCACGCUAUUUUCGCUAGCGUCGCUUUUCGUUAAGGAACGUUUAUAUAUUGGUGAGGCUACCGUUGCUACCAUAGCAGGGUUGAUCUUUGGUCCUCACUGCCUUAAAUGGCUUGAUCCCCUUUCUUGGGGUAACUCAGACCAUUUGACGUUGGAGAUCUGUCGAAUAGUCUUGUGUAUCCAGAUUGUCGCUGUGGCAGUCGAACUUCCUAGAAAGUAUAUGAAGAAACAUUGGCUUUCCGUGACCAUCUUCUUGCUUCCAGUCAUGACUUGUGGCUGGUUAGUCGUGGGUCUUUUCAUUUGGGCCCUUAUACCGCACUUCAACUUUGCAGAUGGCCUUUUGGUCGCUGCUUGCGUUACAGCUACUGACCCUGUUCUUGCUGCUGCUGUGGUUGGUAAGGGUAAGUUUGCCGAGAGAGUGCCGGGCCACUUGCGUAACUUGCUUACUGCUGAGUCUGGGUGCAAUGAUGGUAUGGCAUUCCCAUUUAUUUUCCUUGCACUUAACUUGGUCACUCAAGCGAAUCACGCCAGACACGUUGUUAGAGACUGGUUUACGCUUACCAUUCUCUGGGAGUGUUGUUUCGGUGUUGUACUUGGUGUUGUGCUUGGCUAUUCCCUUAGAAAAGCUGUGGCGUUCGCUGAGAACAAGGAUCUCAUUGAUAGAGAGUCCUUCUUGGCCCUUUUCAUCUUUCUUGCCUUUGUUUCUGCUGGUGUGGGCUCCAUGCUUGGAGUUGAUGACCUUUUGGUCUCCUUUGCUGCCGGUACGGCUUUCGGCUGGAACGGUGAAUUCGCCAGAAAGACUGAAGAGUCGCAUGUUUCCACUGUGAUUGACUUGCUUCUAAACUUGUCUUUCUUCGUCUACUUUGGUGCUAUUGUGCCAUGGCCAGACUUCAACAACAGCGAGCUUGGUCUUGAUGUUUGGAGAUUAAUCAUCCUUGCCAUUGUCAUCAUUUUCUUGAGAAGAAUUCCGGCUGUAUUGGCUCUAAAACCGUUUACACCAGAUGUGAAGACAUGGAGAGAAGCUUUGUUCUGUGGUCAUUUUGGUCCUAUUGGUGUAGGUGCCAUUUUUGCUGCUAUUCUUGCCAGAGGUGACUUAGAAGCACAUUACACUGACGAAGAAACUCCAUUGGCUGACCUUAAGGAUAUCAGCUUCCCCCAUUACCAGCUCAUCAAGUGCCUUUGGCCAAUUGUCUGUUUUAUUGUCAUUACAUCCAUCAUUGUUCAUGGUUCUUCUGUCGCUGUGUUAACCUUGGGUAAGCGUUUGAACAGAAUGGCAAUCACCAUGACAACUACCAAUACCCACGAUCAGGGUCCUUCAUGGAUGUCCCGUUUACAAAAGCUCGACAGAACCACCACGUCUUAUUCUUUGCAUAGCAUCGAUACUGCCCAUCCUGACCUCAAACCAGAGGAGACAGUUACUUCUCAAACAGGCGUUAAAGUCAGGCCUGCUGGAGGUGCCAGACGUAAGAGACUUCAAAGGAAGCAAAGACAACGUGAGGGUAAGGGACAUGCAGAUGAUGUUCCUACUACCGAGAGACAUCGCCCUCAAACUGAGGUUUUGCAACUAGGCAAAUCACAGUCUUAUGCUCCAUCAGGCAAGAGUGAUGCUGAUGACUCUGGUGAAACCUCGUCAACAUUCGCUGAACACGUUCCAGAAAAGAGGGACGAAAAUAUUAAUGAAGAAACUUUGGGUGAGGUCAGAAACAAGAUUGCUGAAAAAUCGGGUAAACCUCUUGAUGAACUCGACGCAGAAGAGGAUCAAGUACCUGCUACUAUUUACAAGGAAGGUCGUCAUAUCAUUGUUGAAGACCAAGAUGGAGAAAUUAUAGAGAGUCUUCCUUUGCAAGAGCUUGAGAAGUGCAAGGUCACUCCACCUAAUGCUGAUAAUGUCAGUAUCCACUCUAUGGGCUCUUUGAGACGCCAAAUGUCACAGUUCUCGGCUGCCUCUCAUCCACUGAUGGUUUCUUCUGGUUCUGAGAGUGGAGAAUCAAUUGGAAAGAAGAUCACAAGAACAUUGAGCAACAAGAAGAAGGCUUUCUACAAGAAGGACGGCGGAAAGAAAUUCUUCGCUCACCAGAUCGAUAACUUGAUUGUAAUUGAAAACUCUGAUGGUGAAGUUGUUAGACGUUACAGAGUUAACAAGCAUAUCAAUCCCAACAAACCGAAGCCACAACUGGCCGCUAGAGCUAGAUCCGGUUCGAUUGUUAACAAAGCUUUGUCGCUUGUUGGUAUCAAAAAUAAGGACACUCCAGCUGACGCCAAUGCAGCAAAGGAAGCCGGUCUGCCAGAUACAGCAGCGUUGGAGUCUCCACUUCCCGUUCCUGAAGAAGAGAAGGUGGAAAUUCCUCAUAACAUCUCUCCUCAUGAUGACGAGAAAAAGUUUAACAAGUCAAUGGAACGUAAACUUACUGGCAUGAUUGAGGAGGAGACUGGCGUUGGUAGCCAUGCUCUCGUCUUGGAAGAAGAGAACCCAUCCAGUGUUGAAGACACUGCAGAGUCAGAUGAACUGGAAGGAGAGAAAGAGACCGAGGUUGAAAAGAAGAGAAGAUUGGCAGCAUUAGGGCAUCUGUCCAACAGAAGAGACCUGAACGAUGAAGAGAGGUAA